UCGCCUCUAACCUUCUUUCGCCUCCCGCCGAAACCCAUCCCUUUGCCGGAAGCCUCUCUCUGAUCAGCUAAGUCUUCUCUCUUCCUCUCCUCUUUUCCUUUCCCUUUCCCUUUCGUUUUCUGCAUUUUCUCUUUCUGCUCAUAGAGCUUAGGGUUCGGGAGCUUUGCCUCCCUCUGACCUUCUCUUCGGUCCAGUCCCGUUCGUGAUCCGUCCAAUCCAAGCCCUAGAUUGAUUCGAUCUUGUGUCGCUCUGAGGUUCUUGUCUAGAUCUCUGUGUCUCGAUUUUGAAUUUGGAAUCGAGAAUCGAAUAUCAGUGAGGGUGGAGAUCAGUAAGGGGUUUUAGAUGUGGGAAUUUCGGGUUCAGUAUUUAUGAAUUUCUCCGUCCUGAUUCGCCGAGUUCGAAUCCUGCAUUCGUUUUCGGUUGUCUUCCUGUACUGGUUCUACGUGUUUUCAUGAGUCAGCCCCUUGAGCGUCGAUCAUAACGUCGCCAAUCUCGAAUUUUUACCAGCUCAGUCGUGUCUCCCUUAUCAACGCUUAGUUAGGCAAUCCAAAGUUUUGUCCUUUCGGUUGAGAUUGUUUGGAAAAAGACCGGAUACAAUGGCUUCACCCCAAAGGCAGGCAAGCUUGGGAUCGGGCUCUGACUCGGGCCCCCAGAAUGUGGCCGUAGGUGACCGGAAGCGGAAGAGGAUGGAGUCGAACCGGGAAUCCGCGCGGCGGUCCCGGAUGAAGAAGCAGAAGCAGUUGGAGGACCUGAUCGGGCAGGUGACCCAGCUGCAGAGCUCGAACAGCGAGCUCACAGCAAAGAUCAGUGCCACCACGCAGAACUACAUGGAGGUCAACUCCAAGAACAAUGUCCUGAGAGCCCAGUUGAUGGAGCUCACCGACCGGCUCCAGUCACUGAACUCGGUGCUUGAGAUCGUGGAGGAGGUGAGCGGACUCCCCAUCGAUAUCCCAGAGAUCCCUGAGCCCCUGAGGCAGCCGUGGCAGGUUCCCUUUCCGAUCCAGCCAAUACUAGCGAAUGUCAAUAUGUUCGAGUGUUGAUGUGACAAUGUUGGUGAUCACCUGUCAGGUGUCCUGCUCCCGGAAGUCGCUCGCUUGUCCUUGUCGUUUAUCGGUUAGCAAAUGUGUCCUGUGGCUUGUGUCUGGUUGUGUUUAGGACUAAUUUUCAGCAGAGUGGUACUGAAUAAGCUUUCAAGUCGGCUCCGAACUCGUACCUCUGGUGCUUUGAAUUUAUCAGAUGUUUUAUUUUCCUUGUAAUUUCUACAAUGAAUGCUGCAUUUCGGGCUGAAUUCGGACUGUUAUUUAAAUUUUUGUUGGGGCA